UGAAAAAUUUCGAUCACUUUAUCUCUCUCUCUCUCUCGCUCUCGCUCUUCGUCAAUUAUUGAGCUCGGUAACCCUAACGCACUCUUUCGCAAUCGAAGUUUGGAGGAAGAAAGGCUUCCCAUUUCUUGUAGAUACAAGUGAAAUCUUGAGUAUCCUGAGCAUGUUAGUUGCUGGAGGUAGCUCAUGAAUUCUCGGAGGAAAGAGAUAUUUAAAAUAAUUCUCAGGAGCUAAAUCUAUGGCUGGAAACCAAUAUGGAGAGAGGAUCCACAAUUUCUUUGGACAGGAGAGCCUUUCCCAAGACCAGCAUCAGUCUCAGGUCGUUGAUGGAAGCUGGUCCAGUUUCAGUAACGGUCUUGUUGGAAACCAGAGGCAUCUAGACCCAUCCAGUAUUGCCAAUCUAAAGAGUUAUAACACACAACAACCUGUUGAUCCUGAGAGAUGGCAGUCUUCAAAUUCACACCAGGGUUUGAAUUUUACGCAGCAGCAACCUAUAAGGUCUGAGUACUCCGGAAGUCUAUUGCAAGAUAACAAGCAACUCACAAAUGGUUACAUGCAUGGGAUGGCAAUGCAGAAUGGGUCAAAUGUUUUGGGAGUGGAUGUAGAAUCUAGUAGGAGUAACUUAUCAGCGAAAGGAUUUUCUCCAGACGUUCAUAAAAGUCCUAUGAGGUUUGAAAUGGGAGAAUCUCCGGUUAAUUAUGAUUUCUUCGGUGGUCAACAGCAAUUAAACAGCCAACUACCUGGCAUGCUCCAGCCUUUUCCAAGGCAGCAGAUGACGUUCGAUGAUAUGCAACUACUAAAGCAGCAAGUUAUGGUUAAGCAAAUGCAUGAAUAUCAACUUCAACAACAGCUUCAUAAGCAACAGCUCGAGGCCAGGCAGCUCAAUUCUUUGAAUUCAAAUACAGUAAAUGGAAAUCGCUCAAGUGAUAAUCAAUCACACCUUAUGGUUAAUGGCAUCCCUCUUCAGAAUGUGUCUAGUAAUGGUUGGCAGCCUGAUCUCCUGACAGGAAAUACAAACUGGAUGCAUUGCGGCAUUUCACCAGCUGUUCAAGGUUCAUCCAAUGGGAUUGGCACUGAGCACGGGCAGGCGAACGUACAGUUUGAACCUUCCUUGUACGGUAUGCCUCUUGGUGGAGCAAAUGCACCUCAAAACUCAUUCUCUCCCGUUCAGAUGAACAGGUUAGCUUCGCAGCAUGGUUCCUCUCUCACCAAUCAGCCUACUUCUUUUAUGAAUAAAGGUGAUGUACAGGAUAGUUUUAUGCACUCUAAAUCCACAUACCAGGAGAAAGCGUUGUUCUCAAAUACAUCAGCUCUAGGUUCAGAUAGUAGGCCAAAUUUUGGAAGUUUCCAGCAAGAUGUUCCACGCGAGAGACACAUUCCAGUGCAGGAGAAAUUCGAUCAGAUGGAGGGUUCUGGUCCACCAGAAAAAUCGUAUAUAAAAGCGCCUGAAAAUGUUUCUGCAUUGCAGAAGUCGACAGCUUUAGAUCCAACAGAAGAAAAGAUUUUGUUUGGAUCGGAUGACAAUUUAUGGGAAGCAUUUGGAAACAGCACUGAUGUGAGCUUGACAGGAAAUUUGAUAUCCAGUAGUUCUGACCUUAAUGAUGCAUGUCCCUCUUUGAAAAGUGGAGGUUGGAGUGCUCUUAUGUUAUCUGCUGUAGCAGAAACAUCCAGUAAUGACGCAGGCUUUGGUAACAGGGUCCAGAAUUUGGGCGUCAAGACUUCAGCUGCACCAAGUGAGAGACUCCACAAUGAUUCGUGCUCUAUUCAAACGAAUGAGGGGAUUCAAGAUCGAUUUGGUAUUUGGAAGGCUGCUUCCAAUCCGAAUAUAGUUGCUCCUGUUGAACAGAAGAAUCAUUUCACCCAAAAUCUACAAAUGAAGGCAAACUAUGGAUUUGACAAUGCCAGUGCGGAAAACAAGUCUAGUACUUCUAGGGAUGCCCAGGGAAAUCAACAGCGUUUGGGUAAUAAAUCUGUGGAGAAAGCUACCCCUCAAGCGAAUUAUAGAGAUGGCAGUCAGAUUAGUCGCAAAUUUCAGUAUCAUCCUAUGGGUAAUAUUGGCAUCACUGAUGAGCAUCAUGGAGAAAAAGUCUCUCAUUUGCCACCCACACUGGAGCAGGUUUCUGCAAGAAAUCAAGGGUAUUUUGGGCAGUCAAAGUCUCUUGGUCAGCCACCUAUGAACAUGCAAAUUGACAGGGGACAUAUUUUACAAGGCAUGGGUUCAGAAACUUCACCUAGUACAUCUGCUUCAGCGUACAGAAGUGUUGAUAUGUCUAAUCAAGUGAAGAGUGCGUCAAGGCAGACUAUGCUUGAGCUUCUUCAUAAGGUGGACCAGCCAGAGGAGCAUUCUGUGGAAACAAAUGUUUCCAGUAUUCCUCAAUCAACACCCUCUACAGAAAAUGGUGGUCAAUUUAGGCAUAGUCAGUCAUCUGCUUCUCAGGGGUUUAGUUUACAGCUGGCUCCGCCAUCUCAACCAGCUCCCUCACCUGAUAACGUGCAGUUUUUGAAUUCACUUCAUACUGCCCCUGAAACGGGAGCGACAAGUCAAUCAAGGUUUGCUCCAUGGGCAUCUAAUCAGUCUUGUCCACAGCAAUCCACUUAUCAAGGACCAUUUCCUGGUAUCCCAGGAGAAAGCAACAAUACCUCUGUUUUCCCAUAUUCCAAACUGGCGCCUGGUGCUACUCGACAACUAACUUCCAACCAUUUAGUCAGUUCAUCUUCCGAGUUGUCAACCCUUCAACUGAAAGAAAGAGAUGAAAGCAGUGGCUUAGAUCAACAUGGACAUUCAGCUGCAGGGUUUCCUAUGAUGUCUGCUCCUCAGCCUCAGGUUGGAUCCAGCUCGCCUCAGCAGAGUUCACCUUCUGGUAUGAGGUCUGACUCACGAGCUAAUAUGUCAGCACCGCAAAAUCGGUUUCGGAACCAGCCACCUAAGCCUCAGCCAGAUAUAUCACGGCCGCAUCCAUUUUCCAAUAGCCACGUGGAAGACAGCUUCUCAAGGCAGGAGAAGAGAAACCAAUUAUCCUCUCAAAAUGGAGACAUGUCAUUAAGUGGGAGGGGCAUGGUGAAUAUGCAUGAGUUGCAAGGUAAUGAAAUGGGUGCUAAACAAACGUCUGAUGUUGCUUCCAUGUUCUCCAAAAUGGUUCAGAGCAAUCGUCAAACCCUUGAACGCUCUCUUCCUUCGAACAACCUUCCAAAAGGUAACUUGAGUUACGAUGAGCAUAUGUCUGGAAGUGGGGACGGUGACGCGACCAAGAUGACUAUGAAGAGAGUCGAGGAUAGUUCUUUUCAUCUUCAAAAGGUAGCUUCCAAAGGGGAGCAACAGUCGCCUUCAAGAUCUGAUGGUUUACUUAGAGAUGGAUUGAAUCACAAGGAAUCGGCGAACCACUUGCAGCAUCUCGGCCAAACUGUUUCUCAGAGUUUCCCCAAUACGACUCAUUCUGCCUCGGCUGGAGCAGAUCAUCAACAAAUCAGUCCUCAGAUGGCUCCAUCCUGGUAUAGCCAAUAUGGAACUUUCAAGAACAAACUGGUGCAACCCGUGAAUGAUACAGGGAGAUUCACCCCCUUGAAGAUGGGAGAAAAAUCUUCUAAUGUUGGGAGCUCGGCUGAUGGCUCACAUGAUGUUCAAUCUCCGAAGCAGUUUAAUAUGCAGCAAACAUCAGGCUCUGCACCAGGAGCGGAGACUCCCUCAUCUGAGUCAUUGCCUCAUGGUGCCACUGAAAAACUUCUGAAGUUUGAUAAACCAAAGAAGCGCAAAACCGCCACAUCAGAACUUCUAUCUUGGAAUAAACAAUUCACGCAGUGUCCUCAAAGGCUCAAGACUCUCAGUGAGGCCGAGGUUGAUUGGGGAAGAGCGACUAAUCGAUUCCCUGAAAAAGUGGAAUUUGAGACUUCACUUGAGGAUGGCUCACCAAUCAGAGCAAAGAGAAGGCUUAUAUAUACAACACAACUCAUGCAACAGCUAUUUGUCCCACCUUCUGCUAGUGUGAUAUUUUCGCUUGCUAGCUCAAAUUAUGAGUUUGUUGCAUAUACUGCUGCAAGAACUGCACUAGGAGAUGCAUGUAGCUCCACUUCUACUGAUAGGAACGAGCGCCUUCUCCUCCUGAACAGAUCAGAUUUGUCGUCUGAGAGAAGGAAAACUGAACCAAUCAGUGACCAGUACACCUCCAAAGCUGCCGAAGAUUUCAUUAGCAGGUCACAUAAACUAGAGACUAACUUUGCAGGACUACAAAACGGAACUACGAUUGCAGACCUGAGCGUUGAAGUCCAGGAUUUAGAGAAGUUUGCAGUGAUCAAUCGUUUUGCCAAGUUCCACCCAACAUCCUCAUCUACGGACCGGACCGUGAGUUCACUUAGGUUAAACCCACAAAGAUAUGUUACUAUAGCUCCAAUGCCUCAGAAUAUUCCAGUCAGGGUACAAUGUCUCUCCCUAUAACUACUGAUGAAUCGGAUCAUAUUAUUCUGUUUUUGGCCAAUAGUCCCCAUUCGUAUGUAUCUCGUGCACCAAAUGUUUCUAUUUUUUUGGGUGGGUAUGAGUUAGUUGGUCAGGAUUCUGAGAACUGUGAAGGCCUCUAUUGUUAAAGAAGCCGGAUAUUUGCUACUAGACAUGUAUAAUUAAUGUAUUCAUCAUCACACGAUUAUUCCAA